AUGAAUGUUACCGACAGUGAUAUGAGCGUUAGUCGACCUGGUACAGCAAAUACUACAAACAAUGCAAAUUCCGGUGCGAAAGCACCUUCAAAUGAUUUCGUGCGCAAGCUGUUCGGAAUUCUUGAACGCUGCGAAUAUCCUGAUAUUGUGCGCUGGACAGAGGGUGGUGAAAGUUUUGUUGUGCUGGAUACUGGCAAGUUUACGACAUGCAUAUUACCUAAUCACUUCAAGCAUUCAAAUUUUGCGAGUUUUGUUCGUCAAUUAAACAAGUACGACUUUCACAAAGUUAAAAAGACACCCGAAGAAAAGCAAUAUUCACAGUAUGGCGAAUUAAGCUGGGAGUUCAAGCAUCCAUUUUUUUUAGUUCACAACGAAUCAGCACUUGACAAUAUCAAGCGGAAAACUACUGCCCAGAAGAAAAGUUCAUCAAACGACAAUAACAAUAUUUUGGGGCCUUUUGAACAUCAGGCACCUCAUGAAAUUUCUUCAACAGGCUCUGUGCCAUCCAAUGUUGUUUCAAAAGAGAAAUUUAAUCUAUUGAAAAAGAAAGUGGACAAGCUCCAAAAAGAAUUAGAUAUCUCGAAGCAUGAAAACAACAAUGCAAAAUUAGAGUUCCAGAAACUUAAUUCCAAAUACAACACAAUGAUAGAAAGCUUGCUCACUUUUAAGACCUUGAAUGACAACCUGGUCAAUAAUUUUGGAACUCUCUGCACAACACUAGCCAGCAAAGGAGUAGAGCUGCCACAGACAAUUUAUGAUUACGUCAACUUGAAUGAAUCUUUGAACAAACAUACAACCGCAGGAAACAUGCAAUUAAAAUCAUUUGAGCUGAAUAAUGGUGUCGAUUCUAUGGUACCAGGUAGGCCGCCAACAUUACAGUCUGCCCCCUCCAAUCUAACACCUGCGGCAGAUUCAUCAUUUCAUGGUGGUUUGCCUAAUAAUGGAGAGCGAGAUUUGAGAAAUGAAAGUACAGAAAAUUCGAUACUCAGAGAAGGGUUUCAUGUUUUACUAGUCGAAGACGAUGCUGUUUGUAUACAGCUAUGUUCUAAGUUCCUUAGGAAAUAUGGCUGUACGGUAGAGGUUGUUACGGAUGGUCUGUCGGCUAUUACUACCCUAGAAAAGUUUAGAUAUGAUCUGGUACUAAUGGAUAUUGUAAUGCCAAAUUUGGAUGGGGCUACCGCAACAUCUAUUGUUAGGAGUUUUGAUAACCACACACCAAUCAUAGCCAUGACGGGCAAUAUCGAGGAUCAGGAUCUUAUUACGUACCUGCAACAUGGUAUGAAUGAUAUCCUAGCUAAGCCAUUUACUAGAGAUGACUUGCAUUCUAUGCUAAUUAGAUAUCUGAGAGACCGGAUACCUCUUUCGAAACAGCAUGAACAGAGGCAAACACAGUCACCAUCGAUAUCUCAAACAACACCCCAUUCGCAGUCUCAUUCAAGGCCGCCACUGCGAGAGCAGCAGUCAAUUCAAGCCGCUUCUGAAGAUGGCUCCCGUGUUGCAUCGUCAACGAUUUCAGAAAGCGAUAUAAAUGGUUUAAUACAAGAUGAGCCUUUGCUCAAAAAACAGCGAGUAUAA